GUUGAACUUAUCCUCGCAAAUCUAAGUUUGAUAUGAUUCAAAACUUGUAGAAUUCUAAAAAAUGCCACCAAAAGAAAUUAUUUGCAGUAUAGACUGAUACAAAGCGUGAAGGAUACGCCCCAAUGUAAUAAACGCGUAGCCUGACACGUAUUAUAUAAUUUUGUAGGUUUUUGACAAAAAUGGAUAAAAACUUCUAUUUUUUCCAUAUAAAGUCAGUUAGAGUGUCACGUUAACAUCUUGACUUGUACUCCUCAUUCCCCUAAUUAUAUGUUCCGGUUUAAGCCCCCGACCAAAUUGUUUUAGCCACAGGAAUUAUAAUUAUUACUUCUCACCGUUUCUCAAAAAUAUAUAUCAAAAAGAUUUUCUUUAUCACGCUGAACAAUUCUUUCGGCUUUAUACUGUAAAGUCCGAAAAGCACUCAUUUUUCUAUUAAAAAAUAACAAUUAUUAAAGAACUAUCAAAAAAAACUUUAUGAUUUCUGAAACCUAUCAGGUAUAAUGACAUCUCAACCCACUUCACAAGUUACAAACUCAGACAGUAAAGUUAUUUCUACAGCAUCCUCUUCUAAACAAGUCAGCAAUAUUAAAGGAAAUUCUCAAAUACAAGAAGAAUGGGGCGAUGAGGACGGGGAGUUCGAGCUUGAAGAGGAUGUUAUUACUCCAACCGAACAGUCCAUGGGUGAAAAACAAGAAUCUUCAGAACCCGUAGAAAAUAACGCUGAUGAUCAGAAAGAUGAGGAUGCUAAUUUUUUGAAUCGACAACAGUCUUCUAUAAACUAUAAUAAUUCACAUAAAACAGACGACGAUAAACCGUCGAGUAAGCAAGCUAGUUCAUCAUCAUCUCCUAUAUCACAAAAUGCUGAUGCACAGGAAGAUGAUAGUUCGCCGAAAACUAAAUCUGGCCGUAAAGUUCAAAAGCCAGUUUUAUUUAUUCCAGAGGCUAAGAAAUCGCAAUCUGAUAAAAGAAGUAAAACAUCCGGUAAACGACAACGAAGAUUUUCUAACGUAUCGCACAAUGUAGCAUCACAAAAUUCACAACAAAAUACUUUGUCAUCUGCGUCGUCUCCCGAAGAAUCUCCAAAUAUGGAGGUCUCAAUAAAGAUUGAGCAAGAGCCGGAACAAGUUGUUGCUGAUGAUACUGUUUGCAUUAUAUGCCAUGAUGGUAAUUCCCCUAAGCAUAAUAGGAUAGUUUUGUGUGACAAAUGCGAUACUCCUUAUCAUCAGCGGUGCCAUAAACCAUCUAUUGAAAACCGUGUAGUAGAAAUACCUGAUGCUGAAUGGAUAUGUUCAAAAUGUGAUGAUUUACGCGGACGCAAGCGUAGAAAAGUUGAGAUCAGUGCUACAACUGUCAGCACCGUUGGCAGCAGUUCUCGCAGUUAUUCAAGUGAAAUUUCUGGUGAUGGGUUAACAGAAGAUCAGAAAAUAGCAUAUUUAUCGUCUUUACCGCAACGAGUAUUGAUUGAUUUGAUACUUAUUGCUGAAAAGUUACAUCCGGAUCUUCCACUUUACCCUGCAGAUGUUAAAGAAAAAAUUGCAAAUAAUGCUUAUGCGAGUGAUCGUGGUAGUGACCCUCGCGUUUUAACUAAUUCUACCGCUUUACCUCAUCAAUCUUUUAUGUCACAAAUGUCCAUUCCUUCACAACCAACACAAAGUUAUUCACCGUCUUCUAUUAAUAAUAAUCUAUCACGGGCUCAUUUACCAGCUGUUGGUAUUGACCUACCUUCAUAUGAAGAAAUGAUAGUGCAAGCACUUGCAUCAAUAGCAGAUCCAGCUGGAAGUGCUCCUCGUAACAUUUUUGAAUGGAUGAACAGUUCGUAUCCUCUUCAUAAAAAUUUUCGCGCCUCGGCUUCUCAAGCUUUGCAAAAAGCUGUGAAGAAAGGUCGCGUGUUUAGAAUCGGAACAGUAUACAAAAUUAAUCCCAACUAUCGACCUGCUAAGAGAACUCGUCGAUUUUUUAAAAGACCGAGCUCUAAUGAACCAUCAGCAUAUAAAGAAGAUGAUGAUGACGAUGACGAUGACGAUGAUAUUCUAGAGACAGAUAGUCACGGUGGUCAUGAUGGUAUAUACGAGAUAGCUGUAAGAUUAGAUGAUAAUGAUAAUUUUACUUCUGUUCAUAGUUUAGAUAUGGAAGAACAUCCAAGUCUUACAUCAUCGGCUGUAUCUAGUCCACUACCAAAUGCUAUUUCUAGUGGCCACACAGCUGUGACUUCUCCUGAAGCAAAUUCUCCAUUGGAUGAUAUGCCAAAUAAGAUCGUUUCUGUUAUGAUCAAUGAACCUUCGGCAUCAAUAGGUUCAAUUAUGUCCAAUCAAUCUAUAUUAUCACCAGUUAUGGGUAGAAAUAUAGCCACAAUAAAUAAUUCAACCGAUUUAUCUUCAACAUUAUUACAUCCUCCUGUGCAGCAAACAUUACCUCCUUUAAGCUCAGUUAAUUUUUUUGGUUCGGGUUAUGUUGGAAAUAAACAAAAUUCAACAUUUUAUUCCCCAUCACAAACGGGAAAUUAUAAUAUUGGGCUUCCAUCUAUAUAUAACAUCUCUUUAUCACGAGACCGUGAAAGCGUUCAAAGGUCCGGAAACUCUAGUGCAGGAGCUAUGCAUCUUCAAUAAGCGGGGCGUUUUUGUUUGUGAAUUGGUUAGACAGAACUUUGUACAAAUUUAUGAUUGUCUUUAGCACAAUUGGUUUAUUUUUUAUUCUUAACAAAAAUUACAAAUUAUAUUGACGCCAUCCGUCUACUUGUUAAUAAUUUAGUAUUUUAAGUAUAUAAUAUCUAGGUUUAAGGAAUUAAGAUUUAUCCAUCUUAAUUCUUGUAAAAUAAAACGCAAAUAUCCAUAUAUUAUUUUGUUAUGUACUAC